AUGAAGGCUUCUCUGAUCACUGCCCUGACCUGGGCUGCCUGCACCAUGGCCAGUCCUGUCGUCCUCAAUGCCCGGCAUGACGACUGCACUUGCGUGGAGGAAACUCUCACUCUCACCUUGCCCGCUUCUACUGGUGGGACUCUCGUCGAGCCUACACCUAGUACUUACCCAGAGGAGACCUCUACUAGCACCAACACGGCCACGGCCACUGCCACUGUUCCCGAGGAGACCAGCACUGCUACCUGGAGCUCUACUAAUACCAACACCGCUACCUCCACAGACACUGUUCCCGAGGAGACGGGCACUACUACUGCCCCUCCAACCUCCGUUCCCACACCCGGAGACUGCGAGAAUGGCCGCUGCCAUGGGACUGGACACCUGGUGCAGGAUCUUGGACCUCAGGUCAACCGCCUUCUCACUGUUACUGGCGCUGAUGGCGAGGACUUCCUCGUCCAGGUCAACGAAGACGUUUACAACCUUCUCUCCGGCCGUGUGAGCCUCAGCGACUCAGUGGGUGAGGUUGUUGGCGACGCUGCUUCUCUUGGUGACCUUAUUGCCGACCUCGGACCUAUCAUCGACUGCAUCCUCACCAUUGUUGGCGAAGACUCCCACAUCCUCCUCGUCCGGCUCGCUCCCGAGAUUGCUGACCUCCUACGCGGAGCUGGUGCCACUCUCGGCCUGAACGCUGUUAACAACCCUGUCGGCCAGAUCGUGAAGUCUCUUGGCCUGAACGUCAAGCGUGACCAGCUCGACCACUUCAACGUCCAUGGCCUGGAUGGAAACGAUCUUCCCGUUCAGAUUCCUGGUGCUCUUGGCAAGGCUAUCGCUGGCCUCCACCUCGAAACUGCUGUCGGCACUGUCAUUGCCACUGGCAUCCAUGUUACCCAGAUUGUCCAGGAACUUGGGCCUCACUCCGAGGAAUUCCUUGUUGUGUUCGGCAAGGGAACCGGGCUUGUUCUCAUUCGUCUGGCCCCUCAGGUUGCCCGUAUCGUUAAGGGUUUGGCGCCUGAGCUUGGUAAUCCCGUCGGCAACAUCAUUGAUACCGUUGGUGACAACCUGUAA